AUGACUGAUUCUUCCUUUUUAGAUGUGGUUGGUCCAGGCAAGUUUGUAACCAGUAAACCAAUUCCCACAGAGAAGCUUCGGGAAUAUUGUGAAAUAAACCACGCAGAUAACAACAAGUCUUUUAAAGAAGAGUUUGUGGUGAGUAAAGUUUGGAAUCUUCAUACAUGAACACGGUCCAACAACCAACUAACUAAUAUCUCAGUCGGAUGAAUCGUCGUUCAAUGUGUAGCAGACUCAGUUUGGUCAUGUACUUGACAGAUUUUUCCAGUAGAAAAGCUAUUUACGUUUUAAAUCACUGGAUUUAGAAAUUCUGCAUGGAAUUGAACGGCAUAUGUUUGACAGGACGGUUAUCACGUGUUGUUUGCAGGUGUUUUGGUGCCGUUCAUGCACGUGCAUAUGAACAUGCUCGUGCAUGAACUGCGCGUGUGCUUCAUGUGAGAUGCUUAGCUCAGAUAAAAACCUUCUUUCAAAACAGUCCGACUCUGAUGUAGCUUAGAUGCUUACUUCCGUUGUUUCAUGUUGUCACUUGUCUUUAUCACAUUUUAGUCCAUCAGGGUUCCUGGGCAUUUUACAUGGGAAAACAGUCAGAAGCCAGAGAACAAACCCAAAAACAGAUACAAGAAUAUCAUUCCAUGUAAGUAAAGUUGUUUCAUUUGUACGAUAAAAGAUCUUGGUUGUUCUUUUAAAAUUGCAUGUGUAUUUAUUUUGCCAGCGUUUUUUUAACCCGACGUUACGGUUUUUUUACGUCUCUACAGAUGACCAUACCCGGGUGACUUUAGCUGAAUUAGAUGGCUGCCCAGGGAGUGAUUAUAUCAACGCAAACUUUAUUGAUGUAAGUGCGCCGUCAUAAAUAAGACGUGCAUAAUCAAAGAUUAUUUUCGUACGCUGUCGUAAGACCACUGCCUUAAUUUUAAUAAUAGGAGGUGAAGCCUUAUUUUGAACGUAGUUUGAUAUUUUUGACAGGGCUACAAUCACCAUUGCAAGUUCAUUGCCACGCAAGGUAAAGAAGUUGUGUUUUUAUUAUUCAACUUUAUUUUCCCUUCAUUAAUGUUUCUCAGAAAUAAACGGGAAAGUACUACUAUCUUUUAUUUUCACCUUUAGAGUUGUGGAGUGUAAUGACUUCAUUUUGUUCUGAUUUGUGUUUCAGGUCCUGUGGAAAACACAUUUGGAGACUUUUGGCGCACGGUCUGGGAUCAAGGUGUUUGUGUCGUUGUCAUGGUUACAAACAUCGUAGAAGGAGGACGGGUAUGUUGGCCCUUUAUUGACCAAUAUCACUUCAAUGCGGGCGACAAUGCGGGGAACGCGUUUCAGUGUUUAUUAAUGACUACUUUUUUAAACAUUGAAGAUAGGUGGAAGUAAGGAAUGAAAUAACAGAAACUAUUUAGGCCUUAUGGUAAUUCUUUUACAUCUAGUACUACUAGGACGUCACGAGAAUUAAAAUACAUGAUUAAGGCUUCUUUCCUUGUUUAGAUUAAAUGUUUGAAGUACUGGCCGAGUUCCUCCCCAGAAAUGUACGGCCCAGUGCUGGUAUCACCCGGUGGCGUGGAAGAAUUGGCAGAUUACGUUGUCAGAAAGUUCUCUGUGCAGAUGGUAAGAGAUUUAAACAUAUUCAGUUAUUUAGUUACUUGUUACUUGUGAAUACAUUUGUUGUCAAACGACCAAAACCAAUAUUUUUUUAGAGGAUUUUUUUCAAAACACUUUCGUUAUGGUUGAUGUGAUUUUUCACACCUCAUUUUGAAAAAUCCUCUCUUUUAUAAACUUACCCGGAUGUUUAUUUGGUCAGUGAUUCAUUUCACGUCAUACGUCCUGUUAUGAACUGUUGUAUAACUUAUCUUACGUGAUUACCAUAUUAUUAGCCUGCGUAGCAGGCGCUUGGAAGUAGUGGGCAUAAGAGAGAACGGGCGCCCGCGAGGGAGACACGCGAGGGAUGAGGGAGCUCCCUCUCCCCUCGCGUGUCACCUCGCGCGCCCGUUUUUUCUUGCGCCCACUACUUCGAAGCGCCUGCUACGCAGGCUACCAUAUUAUAAGAUUGUCAAUGUAUGUGUGGUGCAAGUUGAUUGACGUCGUGUUGUUUGCGUUGAGUGAUUUGUAUUGCAUGACUACCAAACGUAUCACCUUCUCUAAGCAGCUCAUUUCUUCUUUCUUUAGACAUCAGACACAGAGGAGUAUCGCGCUCGUGAAGUAACUCAGUAUCACUUCACAGCUUGGCCGGAUCAGGGGGUCCCUACACACGCUACUUCCCUGCUAGCUUUUCUAAGGAAGGUCCGCUCUUCCAUACCAGAGGAUUCAGGCCCCAUUUUGAUCCAUUGCAGGUAAUCUUACAUAACGUAACAUAACUUUUCAAUUCUUUUUGAUGGUGUGCGAUGAACUCAUUAGCUUUCAAACCAAAAGGGUUAAACUAACUAAUUGUUGCCUCAAAGGUUUCAAAUGAUUGGACUGGAUCUACUGCCAUAGGGGUUAGAAGAUCAACUUCCCAAUGGCUGUUUGUUAUUUUCUACAUAGAGUUUUUUUUUCUAGAUAAUUGUCUCCUUACUUUCCGUAGUACUAUUUUUUUGAAGCUGUAACAGCAAAUGUCUCUCUUUUUUCACCAGUGCUGGCGUGGGCCGCACCGGCACGUUCAUUGUCUUGGACGCCAUGAUGGACCAAAUAGAUGCAGAGGGAGUGGUAGACAUUUAUGGAUUUGUCGCUCACAUCCGUCAACAGAGAAGUGCUAUGGUGCAAACAGAGGUAAUGUGGGACUUCUUUUUUUAGUGACAGUUAUCGUGACAUAUUAGCGUGACCAAGCGUGACAUUUUUUUAAACAGGCACAGUACAUAUUUAUCCAUGACGCUCUGAUGGAGUUCGUGACAUGCGGUAACACCGAAUUUCCCGUUCGUGAACUACCAGAGAAGUUACGCGUGUUAAACACUGUUGAUCCCGACAGUGGAGACUCACUUCUGGUCACCGAGUUUAAGGUACGUGAAGCAGUGUGAACGCGCUGGCAUGCUUGCGUGGUGAACAAUUACGGUUUGAAUGUGCGCGGUUACUUGCAAAGGUUAUGAGUUUGUGGUUGGACUUUUCAUACGCUUUUACUCGAGAAUAAAGUGGUAAAAAGGAAAAGCGUUUCCUGAUUGUUAGUCUUAUAUUCAUGUAUUUUAUCAGCGUUACUUCUCGAUACAUCAGACCUUACUUAAAGUUAGUUGUCGCACAGGAAUCCCAUUCUGCGGGUAGAAGGCCAUACUCUUUGGUUUGCUUAUGACAGUGUUUAGUUGUUUUUAAAAAUGAGUGAAUUUACUUAAAAGUUGUCUACAUCUAACAAUGGUGUGUCAAUCUUGCUUCAUAGAAUCUUUGUCUAGGCGACUCUGAUUACGACUCGUUUAUCAGCGCAUCACAGCCGGAAAACAAAUCCAAAAACAGAUUCGCAAUCCUGCCAUGUGAGUGUUUGAUUCUUGCGUCUGUCUGAAUCUUAUUGUUUGUCUCCAAGUCACUGUUUCUAUGCAAUAGGUUAGAAGGCACUAGAAAGGCAUGACCCACAUUAGAACCUGCUCUAUCUCCAGCGCCAGAGCAAGGUAUCCUGCAGAAAAGGUUCUAUUGUUUCGCGUUUUUCAGCCUCCCCUGUCGCGCAUGUCUGUCUCGCGCUUCUUGUCUGCCUCGUGCCUCCGCUUCUGCAAGCUACGAUCGAGGAUGAAAACUGAACCUCAAAAGAACGACUGGCUAACGGACUAACCGUUGGCGUAUCGGCGGUGUAAAACGCACCAAUGACAUCAGAGAGACCUUUGAAGUAAUUUCGUCUUUUCAUCGUAAGGUUCUAAUACCACUUCGGUUGUCGGAGCCAAAGACCGGUGAUUUCAAAGUCUCAAUGGUAAAGGGCGUUUGUUUUUGGGUUUCAUUACUCUAAUCGUUUAUAUAGAGAAGCAGUGUCCUAUUCAGUUGUCAGUGAUGGUCGAUUAUAUAUGUGAGUGUAGUCUUCAACAGGACUGUAAAUAACAAACUGUAGCACGUGCCGUGGAAGCAUCAGUUUCUGUUCCUUUCAUUGCUGUUCAGCGCUGGUCUCACACGGAUGGCCAUGUUUGAACACUGACAGAAAAAUUAAUAUGAAUUUUUUUUAUUCCGUCGCUUACCGAUUUUUAAGCAACAAAUUAUUAUUAUUUUUUUGUCUGUUUAGUUGACCGAUCAAGAGUGACCUUGUGGCCUUACACAGGAUUGGUUGGAUCUGAUUACAUCAACGCUAGCUUUGUUGACGUAAGCAGCCAUAUUUAAUAUUGUCUCCAUUAUAUUUACCCACUCUGGUUGUUUCGCUACUUUCAGUUAGUUUCCUCUGUAAUACUUGAAUAAACUCAAAUUUUCUAUCCAUAGCAAUCUCUUCUACCAAUGUUACUCAUUUGUUGAUACAACGCCCAAGGUUCUCCAUGAUAAUCUGGUUGGGGUGUGCUGCUCUUCCAACAAAACACUCAUUUUUAAGAGUAACUGAAAAUAGGUUGACUUGCUAACAAUGUUGAGACCUAACAGCUGAGAAAUUCACAACUUACCUCCAAAUCUCAUCACUUUAAGAUAGUUACUUGGUUCUGUCGUCGUCGUGGUUUGUUUAAGUGUAACCUGCGAUCAGGCGGUCCUUCUUCCCUUCUGUUUUGGAGACGAAAAAAAAAACCGCCUGAUCGCAGGUUAGUCUAAGUGCCUAUCGCUACUACAAUUUGCCGAGGUAAAGCAUAGUUUUUGCUUUACUCGUUGCAGAGCUUUCAGCAGCGCGAAGCAUUCAUCGCUACCCAGGCCCCGCUAGAUAACACGGUCGUGGAUUUCUGGAGGAUGAUUUGGGAGUAUGAGGCCUACUCCGUGGUGAUGCUGUGCACCAUGAAUGAAAUUGAACAGGUGUGAAAACUAAUAACGUGACUAGUUAGGGUGGUGAACAUUAAUAUUACAGUAUUAGAGUUUUAUGUCUAGGUUUGAAUAAAAAGUCUUUGAAACAAAGAUCUAGACUGCAAAAUUAGUUGGGAAGGUUAGCAGUUCAUUUUAAUGUUCAAAAGCGCUAGUUUGCCCUUUUGCUAAAUACCUCCAAUGUUGGGAUAUAACAAAACAAGUGCGCGCACAAAAACUUUAAUUUUGUUUAACAUUGGGACAGGGAGCGGGAAAAAAAGUAAAAAGAGUUAAAAAGUAAGAGCCUGCCCAACACUUUUGACGAUGAUUGCAUCUAUUACGUCACAGUCAAUAUAGGAUUAUUCGAUGUUAUCAAUUGUGCGAAUCUUAAGAACCCGGUUAACUGAUAAAUUCCUCGCCUCUCUCUUUUCCUUCCCUUAGAAAGAAAAGAACACGUCUGUUGACGCUAAACCUAAAGUCGUGAUACUUGGUUUUGUUGUUUAAGAACGCCGCGCCCUCCCUUCCUCCACUCACGCCCAAAAAAAAGAAAAAAAAAAAAGGAUAGCCAAUUCUAGUGAUGAACGUGAAGUGUGGAUGAACAUUUGAUAGCGUCACGCUCUUAGGGGAAUAGAAAGUAAUUAUGAAUAAUUUUGUUUCCUUACAGGGGCAAUGUGCGUAUUAUUUGCCCCGCAAAGAAGAAUUCAUUGUUUUUGGUUUGCUGAUGAUUGAAGUCGAGUCCGUAGAACAGAAAAACGGUUUCUGUAGGCGAAACCUCAAGAUAACUAACACAAAGGUAAACCAAUCGUAGGUAUAUUAUUCUCGAACAUUUGUUGUUGUCGACUGAGCUAGCGUUUCGAGUAUUAGCUCUGCUUUAGAUCUGUAAAAAGUUUGAGUAAUUGUUGUUACGUAUUAUGUAAGACUUGUCCCUUCAGCAGACAUGAUAUAAACAGGAGCCCUCAUAAAUUAAAAUUACAUGUAUAAGAAUACCAAAUAAAAUGUCAAAGUGUAGUUAGUAGCAAAACGAAAUCACACAUACUGUUUUACGUAUACAAGGAAAUUACAAAUGCGGUUGUUGUUAGCGUCACUUUGAACAGAGGAAACGAUUUGCACCGCUUUGCAGCAUUCGGGAGCUCAUUCUAAGAGUUUGCUCCUUGGUUCGCCAUGGCACUUUCUUCUAAACUCAGUUCUUACAGCCGGAAUUACAACAUUUCAUUUAAAUAACAAAUCUUUUUAUUUAACAGAGUGGUGAAAUUCGCAGUAUUUACCAUUUCCACUUCACUGACUGGGCGGAGCGUUCCGUUCCCCUCAACGGAGUUGGCCUUCUGGAUAUGAUGAAAUGCAUCACGCGCGUGCAACAACAGACAGGCAACGGACCAAUAGUCGUCCAUUGCAGGUAUGACGUUAUCGUUUGCUCUAACGCGAGCUUGCAAAACGGGCGCGAAAUUUUGUACGCAAGUUUCAUAAUUUUGGGGGAAAAAACAGACUUGAUGUUAUAUAUGUGGACUAUCUACUGAAACGAUAUUUUUAGGCGAGGAAAGUCUUUUUCGCGUAUUCAUGAAAGAUAAAGCUGCCUGGUGACAAUGUCUUACUGGUAUGAAGCUACCCGUUUUACUUUUCACCUUUACACUGACGAGCGAAACCACAUAAGUCUUACGUCUGUACCAAAACGUCAUCCAGUCCUUUGACCUGAGGAACAUCUACAUACUUUACUGGGUCUCGGCUUUUAACGUCUUUCUUUCUUUGAAUUCUCCUAGUGAUGGAAGCGGCCGUACAGGGACGUUUUGUGCAGUGAACAUCGCCCUGGAGCGAGUCAAGUUAGAUGGAACAAUAGAUAUGUUUCAGAGUGUACGGCGCCUGCGCACUCAAAGACCUCUUAUGGUCCAAACAGCGGUGAGGAGAAUUUGCGUUUGUUUGUUCAGUUUAUUAGUUGCUUGCAAUGUGUUUCACGCAGCACCUUAAAACAGAUUACCUUAAACCAUUCAUUGAAAAGCCCCACGUUUGACUCAUGUCUUUUUUUACGCUAAGCAUUAUAUGCUUAGCCUCUUCUAUCAAGUAAGUGUUGUGAAGUGGCAAGAAGAAUUUUUUCCUCAUCCCUUGUUUUUUUCCAACAGGUACAGUACAAGUUCUGUUACGAAAUAACUCGCCUGUUUGUGGAUUCUUACAGCGAUUACGCAAACUUUAGGUGA